GCCAAUGUUUAUCUUCGGAUAAUGGAUAACGUAACCAACCUGUGAAUCAACUUCAAGCCAAAGCACUCGAGAGGCGAGGCGUUAAGGAUAUAGCAAUGAGCCUAUAUCGAUGUGUUACAAACCAUCGGAACGGACUAUUUACUAUAUGCGCUCGCUCGGUUUGGGCCACACCAUGGUCACUCGCUCGGGGGUAUUCUACUGAGCGCAGUAAACACGAUCCUAGGCUCAAGGAUCUCGGAAAGGAAAUAUAUAAUGAAUAUGCCGCCAUUAAAGAGCAUUAUGCUACUCCAAAGCACCCAGUUGUUCUAGCACACGGAUUAUUGGGAUUUGCGGAACUUCAGGUCGUUGGGGGUUGGCUCCCGGCCAUCCAGUAUUGGAGGGGUAUCACCGAUGCCUUGAAGGCUAACGGUGUCCAAGUCAUCACGGUAGCGGUACCGCCGUCCGGCAGUAUCCAGCAGAGAGCUGAGAAGCUCGCUGGUGGGAUUGCCCAAGUUGCGAAGGAUAAGAGCGUAAACAUUAUCGCACAUUCAAUGGGAGGCCUAGAUGCUAGAUACAUGAUAUCCCAUCUCCAACCUAAGAAUGUCGAUGUGCGCUCCUUAGUCACCGUCGCAUCCCCGCAUCGAGGGAGCGCCUUUGCGGACUAUUUACUCAAAGAAAUUGGUCCGGACCAUAUUCAAAGCGUAUACAAAUUCGUCGAAGGUAUAGGGGUCGAUACUGGGGCCUUCGAGCAACUCACUCUCAAGUAUAUGACGAAGGAAUUCAACCCAGAAACUCCGGAUGACCCAAAUGUUCGCUAUUUCUCGUAUGGGGCAAGGAUGGAUCCGCCAUCUCUCUUUUCUCCUUUUCGACAUUCACACAAGAUAAUUACCGAUAUGGAGGGCCCUAACGACGGCCUUGUCAGUGUUACGAGCUCUAGAUGGGGCUCAUACAAGGGGACUCUAGUUGGUGUAAGCCACCUAGAUUUGAUCAAUUGGACGAACCGCUUAAAAUGGACGUUGCAGAGGUGGAUGGGCCAAGGACCAUCGUUCAAUGCUAUCGCAUUCUACCUUGACAUUGUUGACAUGCUCGCAAAAGAGGAUUUAUGAUUUAAACUGCAGGGAAUACCUAGGUACGUACUUCCUGCCUAUGCAAUUAUAAGUCUCGCUAGCUUGGGAUUAGAGUUAUGGUUGUCACGACUGACAUAUUCUACCGUCAAUCCACAAACUCUCACAUGCCGAUCAUCACUUAAAUUCAAACUCCUUCGUCUUCAAGUUAAUACUCGACAUCGCUAUAUUCACGGCAAUAGACGAUUAUUUUUCUUAUUGAUUUCACGAGGGAGUUAUCUACUAAAUCAAUACAACGAUCAUGGCUCAGCCAACUUACUUGAGGUAUAAGCAGAGCCUUAUCACGAUCAAUGCCGACAUCACUGUAGAUGAACAGACACCCCAAGAA